CUUGCGCGAUGGAGUGAACAUGAGCGAUCAACUGGGUCGAGGGAUGAACUCGUUGGAAUGCAUGAAGAUCGGCGCGGAGGCGACGCGACGCAUGAAUUUACUGCUGCUUUUGGAGUCCGCGCCUUGCUUUACUCAAUGGUGUCGUCGCUCCUCUUCCCUCUCCCCAAGGUGAACACUACCCACAAGCCCCGACAGGUUUUCUUCAGCGGCGCUGUGAAAUCUUGCGCUCUGAGUUGAGUUUUGGUUACUCGCCAGGCGGCCCGCAGGAAACCUGUUUCGCCAGCGUUGAGAAGUUGGAUUCCUGUGUUGCUUCUGUUUCGCCGCGACCAUGGUGAGGGCUCGUCUCGCAUCCGCCUUCGCGUGGGCUGCUCGUGUGGCGGCUGCGCCUCGCCCGGCUCUCGCCUCAGAGGGGAGGACAAUUUUGGCUGUUUCUGCUUGCAAAGGAACUGGUGCUGCUGUCGCUACUGCAGUCAGGACAUCCUCAGGCACCAAUGGCGGCUACAGUAGAUGGUUCCCAGCUGCUACCUUCUUGCCAGUUGCAGCUUUCAUGAUCCAGGACCCGACAGUUGAGGCCGUUGAGUUGGAGAGGACUUUCAUUGCAAUCAAGCCAGAUGGUGUCCAGAGAGGCCUGAUCUCAGAGAUAAUUGGGCGCUUUGAACGCAAGGGCUAUAAACUAGUUGCCAUCAAGCUAAUCGUCCCCACCAAGGAAUUUGCUGCUCAGCACUACGAUGACUUGAGCUCACGUCCCUUUUUUAAUGGUCUUUGCGACUUUUUGAGCUCUGGUCCAGUGGUUGCUAUGGUAUGGGAAGGUCAAGGUGUCAUCAAGUAUGGACGCAAGCUAAUUGGAGCCACCAGCCCGCAAGCUUCUGAGCCAGGAACCAUCAGAGGCGACCUUUGUGUGCAAGUAUCGAGGAAUAUUAUCCACGGCAGUGAUGGACCUGAGACGGCUGUUAACGAGAUUGGCUUGUGGUUCAAGCCUGAGGAGCUAGUAAGCUACACCAAGAACGACGAGAAGUGGCUCUACGAGUAGAGAAUGGUUGCAGUUUCCAGUUUUGGUAGUUUGAGCACAGAGAUCAUUGGAGCCCAGUUCUUGGUAGGUUUUUCUACCCUCAGAGCACGCUGAGGCUGAGAUCACUUAUAUUCGCCAGUCAUUGGCUGUAUCCAUUUCGUAGUCAUGAAACGGGAUCCUUAACACAGGUUGACAAGUUAGUAUAUUGAAUGGUCUUGACUGUAUUCGAAUCCCAUGCAAUCCAUCCUGCUAAAUUCAAGAUAUUAUGGCUACUAA